CACAACCACAUCAUUGUCGUGGCAGUGACUAGGCGCUAAAACCGAAGGGGCCUGCGUGAGAGGCUAGCUGUUUAUGGUGUGUUUUGUACAAACCGAUUCAUGGCACGAGUUUAGUGUUAAAAUCUUAUUGAAGUACUUAGUGAGUUUGUUUUCUUAGCUUUCGCAAAAAAAGAGUUCGGAUGCGAUAGAUAACCUCAAAUGUGUAUGCUUUUUAUAUCUUAUUGUUGGUGAAUCCAAAGGACAAAAUGAUCUGCUGGAGAAAGUCAGCUGGAUAGAUUGCUCUGGUGGUUAACCAAGUUGUUUGCCACUACGCGAGUAUCGUCAACUUGAUAAAAAAAAAUCGAAAUACAAGAUACCCUAAUGUUAGGAGUAUAGAGAAAAUAACGUGUCACAUUAAGAUAUCGUUUUUGUGGUCUUGGAUUCUUUGUGUUUGAGCCACAAACUGUUUUAUAAAUGAUCAAGCUUUUUCUUCUAUUAAUUGACGUAACAUCGUUAGUAACAGGUACCAUAAGUGGCUACAACUAAUAUUGUAAUUUAAAGUUAUCUAAAGUAAUCACGAAUAAAUGUAGUUCAGGUGGAACUGAGAUGAGUAGUGCUUAGAAAGAUGUGCUUAUCUUAACCGAUCACCAAACGUUUCUUGUAUCAGAAAUACCCAGAAAGGGUUUGUGUUUCACCAUACGGAAGUAAGCACAGAAUCAAACGAAACAAUGGCAUUCUGCUGGACGUAAAAACUCAAAAAUUAUUUGUAGAUUUAAUAAAACGCAAUAAUGGAGACGGAAUCGGUCAGAUCUGGACACAGUGUGCAUUCUUCUCACUCUCGUCGUAGUAAAGGUAACUCUUGCAGCACUUCAAAUCACCAUCGGUCACGUGGUUACCGUCGAUCCAACAGAAGUGAUAGGUCAUUCUCAGUAACUAGUGGAAGUAAGCGGGAAAUAGGUAACGACCGUCGUAAUGAAGAAGUGAUUGAAGUACAAGUUCUGGCUCAAGAUGACAACUGGGGAGACAACACCACUGCUAUCACGGGUAACACUAGUGAACACUCCGUGUCUGUAGACGAUUUUUCAAAGCUGGGGAAGGAGUUCGAGGAAGGCGUGUCAUUUCAUUGUCAUAGAUUGAUUGGAACUGUCAUUGGAGCAAUGCUGGCCUUCUGUGCCUUUCUUUCGCCCAUUGUUAUGGUAAUUCUUCCAAAAAUUGAGACGUUAAAAUGGAAGGUACAGAAGUGUGGCCCUGAAUGUGAUGGUUUAUUAAUUAGUUGUUCUUUCAAAUUACUGAUUCUUUUAAUAGGGACAUGGGCUGUAUUUUUUCGAAAGCCAAAAGCCACAAUGCCAAGAAUAUUUAUUUUUCGCGCUCUCGUUUUAGCGUUAGUAUUCAUCUUCACUUUUUCAUACUGGUUGUUUUAUGUUGUGCGGAUCGUGGAGAAACGUAAGAGUGAUUACGAAAUUUCGUAUCAUAGUAUUGUGCUUUUCGCUGUAUCACAUGUGGAUGCCUUACUUUUUAUCCAUUAUCUGGCUGUUGUUUUAAUGGAAGUCAGACAGCUUCAACCUCAGUAUUUCGUUAAAGUGGUUCGUUCAUCCGACGGCGAAAGUCAUUGUUAUAGUAUGGGCCAAUUAAGUAUCCAACGAGCAGCAGUUUGGGUUUUAGAACACUAUUAUCGGGAUUUUUCUAUUUAUAAUCCUUAUCUGGAAACGUUGCCAAGUAAAACAAGGAAACCUGCAUCGGUUUUUAAGUUUUAUGAUGUUGAUGGAACACCUAAUAACACAACUAUUAAUGGUCAGUCUCGUGCAGUCCUGGCAGCUAGUGCUCGGCGAAGAGACUCUAGUCACAAUGAAAGAUUCUACGAAGAACAGGAAUACAACAGGAGAGUGCAAAAAAGACGAGCAAGACUUGUAACAGCAGCAGAAGAGGCUUUUACCCACAUUAAAAGGCUUAGAGAUGAACAAGGUCCUGCUAUCCCCAUGGAUCCCUCAGAAGCCGCACAAGCCAUAUUUCCAUCGAUGGCCAGAGCUUUACAGAAGUACCUGAGGAUAACACGACAGCAACCUCGACACACUAUGCAGUCUAUACUUGACCAUUUAACUCUGAGUUUGACUCAUGACCUUAGUCCCAAGGCUUUUCUGGAGAAGUAUCUAACCCAAGUGCCGGUGCUACAAAAUGAUAAUGAGCACACACCAGUUCAGACUUGGGCUCUGGUUUGUGAUGUUCUUUUGUCUCGCCCUGUAGAACAGGGAUGUGUCUUCAUGUUACGACAGAAUGAUGUCUCUCUUCUCGUUUCGAUUCAUAGCUUACCGCACUUCAGCAUUACAGAAGAAAUUAUCGAUCCAAAGAGCAAUAAAUUUGUGUUAAGAUUGAAUUCGGAAACAUCAGUGUAAACUGAGAUAUGAUUAAACAUACUCAUUAAACUGUGUUUUACCUAUGAAACAUUUGUUCAGGUUUUUUUUUUCUACGUCAAGAAAAUUUAAUCGGGCCCUUUCCUCAGUUUUUAUCGUGUUACAAAAAACAAGCUGA